AUGUCAACACAACACAUUUUUGACCCAGUUACCGAUACUGAGAUCAGAACCACUUCCAAGCUUUUGAAAGAUUUGAACGGUGAUGCCAAGUUGCACUUCCUUCAAAUCGACAGAUUGGAUCCUCCAAAGGACAAGGCUAUUCAAUACUUGAACAUUGAACGUUACGGCGGUGGUAAAUUGCCAUACAUCCCAAGAAGAACAUAUGCUUAUUACUACAUCAAUGACAAGAUGCCUUUGUUCAAGGCAAUCGUUAACGUCAGUGAAAACCACGUGAUCUGUAAUGUCGAAACCCCAGAAGGUACCAUUGGUCCAUUGUUGCCAGAAGACAUGGCCAAGGCAGAAGAAGCAUCCCUAAAGCAUCCAGCAGUGCUCGCAGAAAUUGCCAAGUUGAAGCUAGACCAAGCUUCCUACAACCACGCAAACUUGGGUAAAUUAAGUUACAAAGUCGUCUCAGAACCAUGGAUGUACGGUACUGAUUCUCCAAAUGAUAAGACCCCAAUGCUACAAUGUUACAUGUACUUGAAACUAGACCAUCCCGAUGCUAACCAUUACUCCGUGCCAUUGAGGUUUUCACCAGUUUUCGAAUACUUGUCUUUGAAAUUUGUUAGAAUGGAUUAUUUACCUUCUGGUGCUGAUGAACUAUACAUCAAAGAAACUUUACCAUUCAAGGCAAUCCCAACUGUCGAAUACCACCCAGACGUCAUCGAGAACUUCCAGGAACGUGAAGGCUUGAAACCAUUACUCAUCCAACAACCUGAAGGUGCCUCUUUCAACGUUGACGGUACAAAGAUCACUUGGCAAGGUUGGGAAUUUAGAGUCGCUACGAACUGUAGGGAAGGUUUCGCGUUGUAUGAUGUUCACUUCAAGGGCAGAUCCUUGAUCUAUCGUGGAAGUCUCGAAGAGAUGACCGUUCCGUACCUUGACAGUCGCGCUCCGUACCACAGGAAGCAAGCCUUCGAUCUAGGUGAUUGUGGGUUCGGUAACACUGCGAAUUCUUUGGCUUUAGGCUGCCAUUGUUUGGGUGUUAUCAAAUAUUUGGAUACAACAAGAGCCGACGCAGAUGGUAGUCCAGUUUUGAUUCCAUCAACCAUCUGUAUGCACGAACAAGACUACGGUUUGCUAUUCUUGCACCAGAACUACAGAACUGGUUCUACUGUUGCAACCAGAAGAAGAGAAUUUGUCAUUCAAACAAUCGCAACCGUCGCUAACUAUGAAUAUAUCAUCAACUUGAUCUUCGAUCAAGCUGGUGCCAUUACAGUGCAAGUUAGAGCCACCGGUAUUUUAUCCACUAUGCCAAAUGAUGAGGGAUGUGUGACCGAUUGGGCCACUCCAGUUGGCCCAGGCGUUACCGCAGCCUUCCACCAACAUUUACUUUCAUUCAGAUUCGAUAUGAGAUUGGACGGUGAUAAGAACACCGUUGUGUACGAUGACUACUUGCCAAUGGAAGAGAACACAGCUCUAAAUCCAUAUAACAUUGGUGCCACUCAAAAGAGAACUUUUGUUGAAAAAUCGGGUUCCAUCGAUCAAUCUCCAUUCACUAAUAGAACAUAUAAGGUGAUUAACGAAAACUCAAUCAACCCGGUAACUAAGAAGCCAGUCGGUUACAAGUUCGAAAUGCCAGCUAAACAAAUGAUCUUGGCUUCUAAGGAUUCAUACAACGUUAAGAGAGCUCACUUCGCAACUAAACAAAUUUGGGUCACCAAGUACGCAGAAGACAGAAUGUAUGCAGCUGGUGAAUUCACUAACCAGUCGACCGAAGACACCGGUCUAAAGGUUUGGGCAGAUGGGUCUGAAAGCGUUAGAAACACAGACAUCGUUGUUUGGCCAACUUUGGCUCUAACACAUCCUCCGGUCACUGAACAAUUCCCAGUGAUGACAUCUGAUUUCUUGCAAUUCUUGAUCACUCCAGCUUCGUUCUUCGACCGUAACCCAGCUCUAGAUGUCCCACUUGCAAACAACAACUUCAACAAGUCUGUAUAUUAUGAAGAUGCUAACAAGGCGGACGGCAAGCCAUCGUCCGAGUGUUGUAAGAUGUAG